UACAUUUUUUAAUUUUAAAAAUAAAAUUGUAAAUGCUAUAAUCACUUUUUUAAAGGUACACCCAGAAAAAUAUCCUCGAUUUUUAAGUAACACGAUCCAUGUUAAAUUCACAUGAAACAGUUGUACACACGAAACAACAACAAUUUUUCCAAUUUAACAUGAUAUUUUUAACAGGAAAAAAGUGUUAAGAGUAACAUGAAGUAUUUUUGGUUAAUUUACCAAGAUAUAGUGUUAAAUUUACAUGUGAAUAGUGUUAAAAAUAUAUGGCAACGUGAUUCCUGUUUGUUGCAACCUGAGUUAUUGUAAAAUUUACAUGAGGGUUUUUUUAAAUAAUGUUGAUUCAAACACAGAAAGUGUUAAAUUUACAUUUAGUUGAUGUUAAAAAGGUCUGGCAACAUGAUUUCUGUUUGUUUUGACAUGAGCUAUUGUGAAUUUUACAGGGUAUGUGGUUAGAGAACAUAAAAGUACCGUAAUAUUUUAUUUGCGUGCGCGUUCUUCGUCAUUCGGUUGCAUUUUUAUUUGGUGUAUUAUUUGUGAAAGAUUAUUAAAAAAAGCUAUUUAAAUAUUAAGAAGAAUGGGUACAGAAAAUGUCUUUGGGGAAUCGGCGGGCAUAUAUUUCGUUGUUGAUGGUAAUUUAACCAUGGGGAAUGAAGUUGAGACUUCACUGCAGCAAAGCCAAGCCACUGAAGCUUCACGUGAAAAAGAAAAUUUGAAAGACGUCGUAUGUGGUAAAAUGAACUUCAGUGAAGAAGUUUAUCAAAGAAUUCUCGGUAAGUACUUUGAGAAUCUGCGAGGAACCAUAUGCAUAUUUAUGUUAUUGACAGAUUGCGGAAUGGAUGUAGAAAGUCUGUAUUUCAUCAACGAUGGGGACAUAAAUGAACUUUUCCCUGCAUCAAUGCUCGGAACGAGAGUAAAGUUUAAAGAAAGAGUUGCACGUUGGCGACAGAAUGAAGCUGAUACCAUUUCGUCAAUAGGAUCAUGCAAGAGUUGGAUAAAUUCUAGCCAAGAGUCUCACGACUCGAUAAGAGACAUGGAAGCAAAGAAUUUAAAGUUAAUACUUAAUGUCACUGAAAGAGGUCAAAGCAUCUUUAAACAAUAUAGAGAAAAGACCGUGCUGUCAGAUGUUAGUCGUGACAUUUUGGUAAAUACCAUUGUUGACCACUUCUCAGCGCGAUCAGUGCCUAUGACAAUGAAAGAUAUCAUCACCUUUUCUGAGCAAAUAACAAUUUUAUUUCCCAACGAAGACAUGCGCUAUUACUGCAACCGUCGAAAUGGCAAAAAUCCAACAGGCAAACUUUAUGAUAAGGCAACAAACAUCCGAAGGAAAAUAAAAAAAGAAACAGGAGCACUAAGCGUUGCACCUAAAUGUCAACCCACUCAAUCAAGUUUGUCGGAGCAGGCGAGCAAUACAGAUGAAAAUGACUUAGCCAUGAAAAAUUGGCUUUGUCAUAAUGUAGAGCCUUGGGGCGAUGUUGUAGAAAAAUGGACGAACACAGUCAAAUUAAGAACCGCAGAGAUUUUAAAUGAACACGCAAAUAUUUUAACUAAUUGGCCGCUGCUGAAACACAGUCUUGGAUACACUUUGGUUGAAAUUGAUUUCGAAGCGAAAUUUCCCAACUGUUCGCAGAAUUUGCUAAACGAAUGGCCAAAAUUUAGAAAGUCAAUUAUACCUUACAUGAAGACUAAAAUAAGAGAUGCAACGUCCAUUGAUAUGCUAAAAAAAAUUGACGAAAACAUCAGUACUGACUCAAUGGAUUGUUUAUUGACACUGCUUUUGCAUGCGAUACUUAAACCGUCAUUAAUUUCCGUUGGACAAACUUCUGGUGAAAAACGGCUUAAAUGGAAGCCAUCAAUAUGUGAUGCGCAAGCAGUGACAUUGCUGCAUUGCAGCAGCAUAAACGAUUAUCAGAGGAUGUACCACGAAUUAAAGAUUAAGUUAAAUCAAAAGAAUCUUCCUCUUCAGCCGCUACUAUUGGUAGUCGGAGAGAAACUAACUCAGUUAGACUCUUUUUACGUUAUUUUCGACAGUAUAAUUUACAAGGUACCGACAUUUUUAAAAUCACUUGAUACUUUAUUUAAAAUCUUUCAUGUAUUAAAUUUGGAAUAUCCGAUACAAGCGAAAUCCAUAUAUAAUUUUAUCGAAUCCUACUUUUUUGGCAUUGCGGAUUGUGCACACCCAAAUGUUAUUACACUUAAAAAUUAUUUAAAAGAUACUCAAAACUUGUUGGAGUAGAUUGAUAAAAUGUUCAAAUGCUUUAUAUGUAACGAAAGGUCUUCUACAUCAAAAUUGUUAGUUGACCAUUUGAAAUCUUUCCAUGUUUUUGCUGAGAUAAAAAAUUUUGUUUGCACUUUCUCUAAAUGUGGUCAAUGUUUUUCAAACGUGUAUAGUUUUCAAAAUCACCUACGUAGAGUUCAUGCGUCGUUGCCAAGUACACCUGCUGUAUCUUAUCAUGCACCUGUUUUUGUUAGGCCUAAUAUUACUAAAGGGCAGACUAAUAAAUUAAGUUCUAAUUUUAAUAAUACAACUAUUAUUGAAACUAAAAAGUAUUUUAGUAUAGAUACGCUCAAUUAUCGAAAGCAAAUGUUUCAGUACGGUGAAACAGAAAUUGGAAACAUCUCUCCACCUAUAAGUAUAGGAAAUUUGAAAACUUGUAACUUUCGAAUGACAGCUAGAGAAAUGAUAUGUUUUGUGCAUCAUUUUUCUUUGAUAAUUGGCGAUCUAGUUUCUGAAGAAGAUGAAGUGUGGAAAUUUUUUUUGAUACUACUUCAAAUCAUUGAUAUUCUUAUUUUAAAUGAAAUCGAUGAUGUUUUGCUAAAUAAAUUGAAAUUGCUAGUUAAAAGUCAUAAUUCUUUUUAUAUGUCGCUGUUUAAAAAAACACUUAAACCGAAAUUUCAUUUCCUUGUUCAUUAUUUCACUGCCAUAAAAAAAUGCGGCCCAUUAAAAAAUGUGUGGUGCAUGAGAUUUGAAGCUGUACACAAAAUAUUCAAAACGUACGCUAAUUGAAUUAAUUGCCGUGUAAAUGUUCCAUGGAGUCUUGCGAUUAAAGCCGCAUUGAAAUUUGCAUAUAGCUUGAGUAACGAACGUUUUUUUCAACCAGAUUUAAAUAUAAGCGCUAAUUCUGUAUUACCUAGUACUUUAAGCUUUAAAUACAAUUCCGAUUUUCAAAGAGAAUAUGAAUUAUCUAAUUAUCAAUUUUAUUCAAAAGUUACUUUUAAAGGAUUUUUAUUUAAAAGAGGGUUUUUUGUUAUUGUAAAACAGGAGGCUAUAUACUUGUUUCAAAUCGAAGAUAUUGUUGUAAGUUUGAUGCAAAAACUUUUCUUUAUUUGUUCACAGUGGGAAAUUAUAAAUUUCAGUACACAUAUUCAGUCAUACUUGGUAGGUGAAAAAUCAGAUAGUUAUAGUUUUAUAAGUGCAGACAAAAUUAGCUCACCUCCUGUACAUAUUCAUAUUCUUCAAAACAAUCAAAAAGCAAUCCGUUUAAAAAGUAUUUAAAACAAUUUGAUACAGCUUUUAUGCAGAGCUUAGAAAAACUCAACAAAUUUUUAUAAAAAUUGUGGACUUUUAAAACUUUCAAACUUUU